AGCGGCACUGGUGACAGUGAAGCUCUUGCCCGACAGCACCGAUUGGCACUGCGACCCCCUUGGCGUCCUCGCUCGGGCCAGCUGGGCACUGCCCUGAGCCCCACCAGCGUGUCCCAGGCGAGACCUCUCCUGGCCUCGGCGGGAUGGGCCAGGUGAACUGCUGCCGCGGCCCCAGGGACGACCCUGACCCCGUGCAGCAGUGCACGCCUGUCCCAGCAUCACCCCAGCCGCUGCUCCGCCAGCGCGUGCGGCUGAGCCAGGGCCGUGCGACGAGGAAGAGGGACCUCCUCCUCUUCGGCGACGCCUUGGUCAUCGCCAAGCCCAAACGGGGCAGCGCCCCGCGCCCGCAGCUCUGCCUGGCCCUGGGCCAGCUGCAGGUGCUGAGCAGCAGGAAGGGGGCAGCCGGGGAUGCCGCCCAGGAGGAGGAGGAGGGCCGGCACACCAACUCCCUCGUCCUCGUCUGGCCCUGCGGCUUCUGCACCGUCACUUUCCCCUCCCGGGCGCUGAAGGAGCUCUGGCUCAGCGCGCUCCUUGGGCCACCAGAAGGAGUGGAAGGAGCCCGGCUGACCCAGCUGCCCUCCAUCAAGCUCCUGCUGCAGGAGCUGAGCGGCCACAAUGCCCCCAGCAUCAGGUGCAUGGCUGCUUCUCACCUUCUGCUCUCUUUUCCCCUUGCCCAGGCCACGACGCUGCACGCCAGCAGCCUGCAGAGGCUGGUCCAGGGCCAGGCACAGGUGCGGAUCGCGCGGAUCGCACGGCUCGGGGUGCCAGCUCGGCCGUCCCCACCUCUCACGCAGGGCCAGGGGCCGAGGCAGCUCGCCGGGGAGGCCCCGGCGGGGGGGCCCUUUCUGCUGCGGGGCCGCUCGCUGAGCGCAGCGCCUUUCUUGCAGGCUGGUGCAGAGCAGCGGCCACCUCCCGUCCCCUCCGGCGGCAGCAGCGAACGUGGCCUUGGCCCCUCGGCUGCAGGCGGGACCCGCAGGAGGAGGAGGGGGCUGCCCUGGCCCUUCGCACGGCGGCGAGGCAGCUCGGCCGCUGCAGAGGCAGCCGGGCAGUCGGGCUCUGGCGGCAGGGGGGCUCUCUUCGGCCAGCCCCUGGCAGCUCUCUGCAGCCAGGACGGCACGCUGCCCCAGCCCAUCCAGGACCUGCUGGCUCUCCUGGCCGAGCACGGGCCAUCCACGGAGGGGAUCUUCCGGCUGGCGGUCAAGGAGCACGUCUCCCGGGAGCUGAGGGAGGCCCUCGACAGCGGAGCAGAGGUCCACCUCGAAAGCCAGCCUGUGCACGUGCUGGCCGUCCUCCUGAAGGACUUCCUGCGGAAGAUCCCCUCUAAGCUCCUCGGGGCAGAGCUGUACGAGGAGUGGAUGAGCGCCCUGCAGAAGACCAGCAGGCAGGAGAAGCUGGCAGCACUCAGGGAGGUGGCCGGCAAGUUGCCCCAGGCCAACCUCCUGCUCCUCAAGAGCUUGCUGUCCCUGCUGCAAAGGAUCAGCAGAAACGCGGCCAGCAGCAGGAUGACUGCUGGCAACCUGGCCAUCUGCGUGGGGCCGAACCUGCUCAGCCCACCCGAGGAGCAGACGCUGCCCCUGGACGCCCUGGUGCAGGUGACGGGGCAGGUGCCUCCAGUCGCUGCAGAAAGCCAACACCUGAAGAGCUCCUCUGGGGAGAGAAGGUAAAAUGAGCUCGCUUUGAUUAAGAGCAGGAGUGGUUCAAGUUUG